AUGGAUCCAAAAGACUUGCAGCUGCUCGCCAACAAGAAGCAUGACCUGCUUCACGCCGCCCAGGAGGCGAGAAAGCUGUCCUAUUCUCCAUACAGCAAGUUCCGCGUAGGAGCCGCAUUGCUCACCAAAUGGGGCGAAAUAAUCCUCGGCGCAAACUACGAGAACGCGUCGUACGGAGGCACAGUCUGUGCAGAACGCACUGCUCUCGCAAAGGCACUCAUCCGAUCCGAUCAGCUCGACGUGACAGAACAGAACUCGGCACGCAGAAUUCAACGCGGCGACAUUAUCGCGGUUGCUGUUGCAAGUGACCUGGAGGGCAGCUGCAGUCCGUGUGGUAUCUGCAGACAGGUGAUUCGCGAACACUGCAGCCUCGAAGCUCGUAUUCUCAUGGUCGGAUGCAAUUGGAGUAGAGCGAAUGCUGCACAAACCAUACAGGCCACAAUUCAGGAUCAGCAUGGCAAAGAGCUCAACGAACCCAACGUCCAAGUGGUCACACUUGAUUACCUGCUGCCCAUGAGCUUUGGGCCUGAAGAUCUUGUCAAGCCUAGACAUUCUUAG